UCUUGAUGGGAACAUCUCGAGUAACCACUCAGCACUAACAUUUAGUCCAUACAGUUGGUGUAGGGCAGAUCAGCAUGGCAUUUUUGAAGACGGUGGUAUUGACUGCAUGUAUUGUGACUUCUCUUGGUAUGCAUGUGGACUCAGAUUGUCUGAAAGGUCAAUUCUACAGUGAAGGAACAGGGAAAUGUGCAGACUGCAGCACACAUGCCACAGUAUGUGACAAAUUCCCCACCAAAUGUCCAAGGCAAUGUUUACAAUUCUUCCUUGAGAAUGCUCAGGACACGAUUGAGUCCCUGCAGACCGGGAUUCAGUCCCGAGAGACCAGGAUUCAGUCCCAGCAGAAACGAUUUGAUGCGAUAACUGGAUGGGAGUUCAACAACUGUGGCAUCGUUUUAAUCUGCAUCAUUGCUGUUGGCUUUGUCAUUGUGGUAUUGCUGAUCAUAACCAUCAAGCGACUAAAAGGGGCAAAGAAAAAACAAGCAGACCUUGAAAUGGGAAAUCAGGAAGAGGAACUACCGCUAGUUCCACCAAACUGCCCCACUCCGUCUCAGGAUGUCACUUCUACUACUCAAGGUGCACGAAUCGCAGAGAAAAUAACAGAAGAAGAAGGUACACAAACCCCAGAGAAAACAACGGAAGAAAAAGAAACUCAAGUGGACAAGCUGCCCACUGAGGAAAUUGGUCACCAAGUUGAAGAUGAAGAAACUGGUCAAAAGGUACAGUCGCCAGAACCAGAACCAACAUCAGGAUUAGAAGACCAAGACCUGGACGAUGACGCUCAAACCGCAGUGAAGACACCCUUUACUGACGAAAACGAUGAGGCUAAGGAUGAACUCGUUGAGGUAUCCAGUGAAGUUAAUCCGAAGGUUGCUUUGAGUGACCACCACUUUGACAACUUGAACACUGCUCAAGGAGGAGAAGAGGUGUCCCUUGGUGCAACUGGUGGCUCAGAUUAAUGGUGUACCCCUUUAAAGAGUUUGCUGCUGAGGCAUUUUAACCCUUUCUACCCAUUCAUUUCUAAGAAAUGAAACACUCCUGCUGAUGAAACUAUCCCAUGUAAUAGACUCGACCUUCAGACCAAUGAAACAUAUUCGUUUCCAACCAUCUUUAACUUCCAACUCAUAUUUAAUUAUAUAUAAUUAUUCUGAACAAUAUUUGGUGACCAUAUUUUCUGUUGACUGAACAAAUUUGAGGCAUAUGAGAUCAAAUCAAUCAAAAUUGACACCUGUCACAGCAAAACCAGGCGCGUGUUGCACAGAUCAGCCUCAAUGGCAUGGCAGGUAGGAGACAAUAGAAGAAAUUUAUAUACUCAGAUGUCACAGAAGGCAGACAAUCCAGUCAAAUGAACAAACAGUCCUUCUCAUCCUACCUAGCUUAGAACAUGUAGCAGGAUAUUUUUGUCACAAUGGAAACGAAUCAUUGAUUGGUCUUGAGGUUGAAAUAUAGUUUACUAUGUCUGAGACAUUCUUAAUUCCCAGUACUUCAUUGCACUUCACCAAAAUAGUGGUGAAGUACUUACAGUUCAAGAGUUGGUAGAUUGUGAAGUCAAUGGCCCCACAGUGUAAUUGCAAAUUUAAAUUUCAUACCAAUUUCUUAUGCUGCUAUGAACUUAAUAUGCCUGGUCCACGCAACCAUGGUAAUAUUUUCCGUUUACAG